AUGAUUCAGGGUGUGAAAAAGAAGAAGAAAAGAUGUACGGUUACAAAGUCCAUUGUGUACCAAUAUCUAAGAAAGCUCACAUCUUGGGUUAAUUAUAGAGAAACGUCUGAACAAAGUAUUGCUAAAAACGAAGUUAUAAAAAAGAAACAAAGAAUCGAAGACCGCUUUGAGGAUCUUCGUGAACUGUAUCUUGGCACAUGUGGAAGCACACGCACACCCGAGAGCAUCGAUAAUUUCUCGUCGAUGUUGUACCAAGUAACACGCUACAGUCAAUUCAAGGUGCUCGAUACACUAUAUUACACUGAUAUUGCGGCUAGCUCUUCAAUUGUGUCGUCCAUUGAGUUUGAUCGUGAUGAUGAAUACUUUGCAGUCGGCGGUGUGACAAAAGAGAUCAAGAUAUAUGAUUUCAGCAUGAUGGGAUAUGUUGGAAGGUUCAGGCCUUCUUCGAUCAUGCAUUGUCCGGUAAGAAUCAUGCGAUGUAGCCACAAAAUAAGCUGUCUUUCAUGGAAUACAUAUAUCAAAUCCCAAAUAGCCAGCUCUGACUAUGAAGGGGUUGUGAAUAUCUGGGAUGCAUCAUCCGGAACAUGCAUUAGGGCAUUUAAUGAACACAAACGUCGUGUGUGGAGUGUGGAUACCUGCUCGGCUAAUCCACUUUUACUUGCUUCUGGAAGUGAUGACUCUACUGUUAAGAUAUGGUCCACUCAAAUGCGCCAGUCUGUUCACACGCUAGGACAAAAAGGCAAUGUGUGUUGUGCCAAAUUUGCCCCCAACAGUAGCUACAAGCUGGCGGUUGGUAGUGCAGACCACAAUAUCAGCUGCUAUGAUCUUAGGUUUCCAAACAAGCCUUUUCGUGUCUUUAAGGGUCACAGAAAGGCAGUCUCUUAUGUACAGUGGGCAAGCAAUGAUGAAAUAGUAUCUGCCUCAACCGACAACACACUCAAACUGUGGAAUCUUGAGUCUAAAGAUUGCAUAAGAACCUUUACCGGACAUCAAAACGAGAAAAACUUUGUUGGUCUUUCGCUUAAUGAGGAUUGGAUCGCAUGCGGGAGUGAGACAAAUACGCUGUACAUGUACUACAAAGGCUCCAGAAUACCUGUUGCUAAUUACAGAUUCCCAGACGUGGACAAUAUGAUAGGCAAUGAGGUUGGUGAUACAGAGCCCCCAGUAUUCGUUAGUUCUCUGUGCUGGAAAAAUAAUUCUACCCGAAUUGUUGCUGCUAAUAGCAAGGGGAUGAUUAAGGUUCUUUGUCUUGAAUAA